AUGUCCGGUUCCCGCAUUAAUUUUCACAAGAGUAACCUCUACGGUAUUAACGUUGAUCAAUGGUUUAUGGAAGCCGCUUCAACCUUUCUUUCUUAUAAAGUCGGUUUGUUAUCUUUCAAAUUUCUUGGUGUGAGAGUGGGGGGAGAUCCUAGGAAGCUUGUGAUGUGGAGAGAUUUGUUGUUGAUGAUGAAAAAAAGAUUGGCCGUGUGGAGAGGGAUUCAUCUUAAUAUGGCGGGUAGGGUGGUGUUGAUCAACUCGGUUCUUAAUGCGGUGCCGUUAUAUUCUCUUUCCUUUUAUAAGGCACCUAAGAAGGUGUUGAAAGAGAUAGUAGCCAUUCAAAGGAAUUUUCUUUGGGGUGGAUGUGAGAUUAGAAAAACGGUUAAUUGGGUUAGUUGGGAUACGAUUUGCAAAACUAGAGAAGAAGGAGGGUUAGGUGUGAAAAACGUGGAAAUUAUGAAUGUGGCGUUACUUAGUAAAUGGAAGUGGAGGAUUCUUACGGAGAAGGAGGCGGUAUGGAGGGAUCUUUUAGAGGCAAGAUACGGUAAUGUGAAGGUGAAGGUUUUAAUAGGGGACAUUUCGGUGGUGGGUAAAAAGGAUUCAAUUUGGUGGAGAGACAUUUUGAUUUCGGACAAUUAUGAGAAUCUCAAAACAAUCAUUUUGCGGGGGCAAUAG